GGGAGCAAAAUAAGACACAGGCACAGUUGCAGUACCGUGCCUACCCGGCAGAUAAGUAUCCAAGAUCACUUUCACAGUUCAGUUAUCAACGAAUUGUUGAGCCGGUCGGUCGUAGGUUAGUCGCUUUGGUCCGUUGACGGUUCCGGAUUUCGGGUAGCAGAAACUGUAAAGCGGAAGAAUGUGACUGCGAACCGUUCCCACAUUGUAGUACGUAAUUGAAUAGUCUGAUAAGUCGUCGUAUCCAAGUGGAUUAAGUGACUGUGGGUGACAGGAGACACAUCCUACGGCCUUUGAAGAGUGAUGUUAAUUUCGCUACGCUCGAAAACUUCGGGAAGAAAGUCGGUGCGUGUGUGAUGGGAGAAGUUUUUCCUGCUUUUUGAAUGGGUUUGUUUCAUUUCCGAUCAAAACGUGACCAAGACGAGGGGGGAUGUCAUGUUGCCUAGCCGGUAGUACCGAAAGCCAACGAGGAUAAAGGAUGCAAUAGGGGAAGACAGCAGAAGACGGCCUUUGGAGUGUGAUAAAUUAAAAGGAUAGAAUAUAGGAAAGUGUUCUUCCUGGCCGGAAGUUGCAAAUGGAGAAGUGUAUGAAAGCACGUGUGAGAAGAUGUGCUUUCGUAGAGUGAUUGAUUUCAAUGAAAUUGAUUUGUGCCAAAAACUGUCCGUUCCGAUUCGUUGCGAAAGAGUGUCUGCGAUGCUUGGUAAUAUAUCGGAUGUGAUGAAAUGAUAAUGCAGGUUUAAUAAAUUUUCCGAAGGCCCAUCACUCGUUACGUUUGGCCGCGACAAACAACGAAUUCGAGGGUCAACGAUUAAAAUUGGAUAAUUUUUUGGAGUAGACUGUCGAAUGGCAUUUAUCGUAAUCCUGUGCUAUUAAUGGUGUGUUGGUCCCUCGGCGGUGUUUGAACGCGAGUUCAGUCGGAAUUGCUUUUGUUGUAAAGAAUUGAAUACAAACGGGUUAUCAAAAAAAAGUCGAAAAGGGUGGUGAAAAUUGUGUUAAAUAAGCACAUAACGAUUGAUUGACAGUAGGUGGCUGAACCUAUAAAACCGAAACCGAGCUGACCUUUCGAAUUGAAGAGGGAGUGAGUGCAAAAAAAUUGGUAGAACGAUUAAAACAUACCUGACACAAUUUGUGUUAAUUAAGGGUGAGUGAUUAAAGUUUCGAUCAAAAUUGAUGGGUGCUAAUGGAAGACAAUUUAAGUGAACUAAUUGUUUUUGAUUUACAGUAAGAUAUUGAGUUUUAUUGCAGGCGGAUCGAAAGAAAAAAAAACCGAACGGUUCACAACUCAGAAAGUUGCCCCUUUGUGGAAUAUGUAGAAGAAAAAUAGCAGGGUAAUCCAUCUGCCACAGCUGGACAAAGACAAGAGGAAAUACGAUUACUUCCUGACUGCUGCUGUACCGGUGUUCCUCGUGGAUUGCAGUGGCUGCACCAGAAUCGCGCCUUCGAGUGAGCCUCCCAGUGACAGAAAUGGUGCUGAAAGUAAAUAAGAUUGCGUUUUGUCGCCCUGGUGCAUUAUGAGUUGGUGGUUUGCGGUGAUGGUUUGGAACGUGUUUUUUUUGCACCUAAGUUCCUACCGGGAAGUGUAUUUACGCAGAAGUGAAAUGUGCAGUUUGACGUAAGAGACGAAGGAAACUAAAUCGACAGUAAAAAGAUUCGUGAGAAUUUGCUUCACUUGGUUCUUCCCGGAUGGUGACAAGUGGACAAGCAGCAAUGGUUACCUGAAACGAGCUGGAGCAGGAGCUCUCAAGUGUACCAUUUGAGUCAGUCAUGGGGAAUUAGUGCGGUAAUUAUGGCAAGGUGACAAUCUGAUAAAACCACCGAUAAUGAGUUAUAUUACCGUUCUCGUCAUCCCCAACAUCACCGACGCUGACACCAUCGUCAACACCUUCAGCGCCUUCCGUUUCCUUUGAUGCCAGCGCUACACCCCGGGCACUGCUGCGUGUCACUCCGAUCAGAAGAAACUGUCACCUAAUUAGGGAGCAGUUGACUACACGAUAGCUCGUGGCAGUGCAACUUGAACCCAAACCAGCAGAAAAUCGAAUCAACCCUAACCGAGCAGCACAUUCUCCUUGCCCGCAUACCGUUCUUAUAGUGGAAGGAGGAUGCCUUUCAACAGCUUCGAUAGUAAUAGCGUCGAUAUCGGUGGCGUGUCCCAGCGGUAUCCGAAUGCAACAGCCGUACUCUUUGCCGUGCUACUACUAUCCACUCUGCCUCGUGAGGCAGUCUCAGCCACGGUGAAUCCGAACUCGUCCUCAUCCCCUGAGCUUUGCUGGCUGGCACUGCUGAAUUGUAGUGAUUUCGCCGAAGGAAACUUUACCAUCCAUGGACAGCAAUCCAAUCUGUCGUCUGACCCCUACCCGCCGUGGGAUCUGUGCGAUCGGGACACUGUUGACUUCCAGUGUACCGUGCAGCAGUACCUGGAGUAUGCCCGAGGACCGCAGCAGAUGCCACUGACGACCGCACUUCUGGUAACAAUUCUGUUCGUGGGCAUCCUCGUAACCGGAGUGGUGGGAAAUGUGAUUGUCUGUUUGGUUAUCAUUCGUCAUCCAUCGAUGCGAACGGCCACCAACUAUUACCUGUUCAGCCUGGCCGUCUCAGAUCUCAUCCUGCUGGUACUAGGCCUUCCGUACGAGAUAAGCCUCUACUGGCACCAGUAUCCGUACAACAUGGGACUAGUGUUCUGUAAGAUUCGGGCGCUGCUAUCGGAAGCCUCAACGUACGUCUCCGUACUGACGAUAGUGGCAUUCUCGAUGGAGCGCUUCCUGGCCAUCUGUCACCCAUUACAUCUGUACACGAUGUCCGGAUUGCAACGACCGGUACGAAUCAUUGCCGGUCUGUGGAUUGUGAGCCUGUUUAGUGCUGUACCUUUCGCCGUAUUUACGGACAUCGAUUACAUCGUGUACCCACCGACUGGUGAAAAAAUCCUGGAUUCGGCGUUCUGUGCGAUGCUGAGCAACCCGGAAGGGAUUCCCCUCUGGGAACUGUCCACAUGUCUGUUCUUUGUUAUUCCGAUGGUAGUGAUGGUCGUCUUGUAUGGCCGGAUGGGUUUACAGAUUCGAUCACGAACCCAGCGGACGGAAGAACUUGGCGUGCGGAACGGAUCCGUAAAUGGACCAUCGAGAGUAUCUCAAUCACGAAAAGCCAUCAUUCGUAUGCUGGCUGCCGUUGUGAUAACUUUUUUCAUCUGCUGGGCACCAUUUCACGCACAACGGUUGCUGUUCCUGUACGGUCGGGAUUGGCAGCACUUCACCGCCGUCAAUGUGUGGCUUUUCUGGGUUGCCGGAUGGCUGUACUACGUGUCCUGCACCAUCAAUCCCAUACUGUACAACGUGAUGUCUCACCGGUACCGAGUGGCAUUCCGAGAAACGCUCUGCGGCCGCCGACGAGGCUUAGGGCCUAGUUUCAUCCGGGACCAGUCAAGCUUUCGCGAAACAACGCUGGAUGUCGGAGGUGGAAGUGAAAAUUCCAAACUGCUUCGAGCCCGUUCGAUGAUGCAGUCCAAACUGGCCCGCCACAAGAGCACCCUGCAUGCAAACAACAGCAUUCGCUACAAUAGCAACUGCAUUCGGAGAAAUUCACUGCAGAUUGGACACCUUCCUAGUAAUCGCAGCUCGUUAUCGCCAUCGAACACGACCGCGGAUAUGGUUGUAAAGUUGGAAAAUAACCUCACCGGCAGAGCCCGCUGCUACACGACCCCGGUCACAACGUCGGUAACGACGCCGGAGUCCGUUUCGGCAACGACUGCUCCGGCCACGGAACAUACACAAAUGAUUCCUCUGAUAAACAUCAACGGUGUCAGCGAUUGCAUGGCAAAUGCUGAUAGUGUAAAUAAUGUGAAUAAUAUAAGUAAUCAUGUUAGCAACAACAACAACAACAACAACAUCAGCAUCAAUGAUAAUAUAGAGCAUCGUACCAAUAAGGAUAGGGACAAUUCUCCGGCAUCCCCUUCGCUGACAUUUUCUGGCUCCGAUCCGAAACAAUCAGCAGAAAGUCUGCAAUCAUAACAGGACGAGCGAUUAUUGGAUGGAAUAAUCACAAUAAUGGUCAACCGCGAGAAAGAAGUAAUAAAUUAAUUAGAGUAUGCGAUAGUGAUAAGACAGACAGUCAGAGCACAAACACUAAGUUAUCGAUGCUAAGAAAUAGCAAAUCUACAUAAAUUAAGGUGCUGCAGUAAAUCAUGUUCGGCUGAAUCGAAAUAUGUUGACUUGUAUAUAACGCAGAGAUCUUUUUUUCUGUGCCAAAUCACAGACUAAUGUCGUUCUAAAAAGGGAUAGCUUGUUUGGGCGACAAGCUAGCUCUUUACCUGAACAGCACUCAACCAUGCAAGUAGAAACAAGCUUAAAGAAUCUCCUUCGCCAUCUACAAAAAUACGUAUCGUAAGGCUUUGUUGAUUUCAGUCUCAACCGGAACUAAGUCGAAACUUCUAACGUACGUACCUUUUGUGACCAUAAAGUACAGAAUCCACUGUAGAGUAUUCUAGUUCAAUGUAUACGCCUAAGUAAUCUAUGCGAUAAUUUAUUGUUUGCGGGCUUACUCUUUCCCCCCAUAAACGCACACAGAAAUUGCUGCAACAGUGAAAAGCCACCAGCAAACAUUUUCGAGAGCUAAUUGUACCACGUGAUAUAUUUGAAUAAGAAUAGAUUAUAUUUUGCGACAAAUAAAACAUAAAUCAAAUUUACAAUUCAAA